ACGAUUAUUAAACGCAAUUGUGCCAGCACAGAGGCGAGUUGUGUGUUGACCAUCGGCGAGUGACGAACCUUAAAAACUAAACGACAAACCAAAAUGGCCAAACUGCUCCUUGUGAUUGUCGGUGUGGCGGCCUUUGUGGCCGUGGGACAGGCGGCAGCUGCUGGUGACCAGAUGCAGCGUCUUAUUGCCGAGGAGCAGAGCAAAUGCGCCAGUGGUCAAGAUUCAAUGGCCUGCAUCAAAGAGCGGGCCAUGCGUUUUGUGGACAAUGUGAUGAGCAAAGACAGCUAUCAGGUUUCGAACUUGGAAGUCCGCCCCAAUGGCCAAAAGACUCCAGCAGUCAGUGAGGCUCGUGCCAGCAGCGCCGAUGGCUUCAUCGAUGCCAUUGAGAACUACAUCCGUGGACACGAUGUUAGCAUGAACUUGCCCUUGGCCGAUGCCAAGGUCACCGUCUCGGCCCGCAAUCUGGCCAACAACCAAUUGAGCCUGAACCUCCAGCUCAAUGGCGAUGAGAGCGACGAUGCCACCGAUGUCGAAGCCAGGGGUAAGAAGGGCAACAUCUUCAAGAAGGGAAAGAAGCACCGUCUCCGCAAGCUGGCCAUGCCCAUCCUGGUUCUGAUCCUGCUGAAGGCCAUCACCGUCAUCCCCAUGGCCAUUGGUAUCCUGAAGAUCAAGGCUUUCAACGCCCUGGCUCUGGGCUUCUUCUCCUUCAUUGUCUCGGUUGGUUUGGCCAUUUUCCAAUUGUGCAAAAAGAUUGCCCAUGAUCAUCACCACACCGCCCACAUCACCGCCCAUGGUCCUUGGGACGGCCGCACCUUUGGUUCUCUUCCAGUGCCCGUGGUGGAGCAGCCCCAGAAGUUGGCCCAGAACUUGGCCUACCAGGCCUACGCCUAAGCCAUAAUUCAGCGCUAAAAUUGAGAAACUAAUUGGAGCAGAGCAGUCCUAAGACUUGGAUUCUGAAUUGGCCCAAAUAUGUGGUUGGCAAAAGCACAAAAUUAAUUGUUAAUUGUUAGAUGUGUUCUGUAACUUUUGAGCACUUCCCUCCCUGACCAGUUAUCCGCGGUUUUCCUGCGCUGCCUCUAUUCGCUAGACUUUAUUUAUAAUAUUUAUUAACUAUUUAUUGAAAACAAGAGAUUAAGAAAACCAGAAGCAAAGCACCAAAAUAAAGUAGCAAAAUAAAUGCCUUAAACAUGCUAAAA